AUGACGCGUCAAAUUCAUUCAUGUCUCAAAAUAUCACAACAUACCCGACGCAUAAUCGUACUUCUCAUUUUCUUUACCAUUGGCAUAUUUUCGGACAAUACGCUGACGAUUUAUGAAGAUUCAUUAAAUGGACCAUUAUAUCCGAUUAACGCAAUAACAUUUAAAGAUUCGUCGAUAUUAACCAUUCGUUUAACAAAUCAACGUUGUGAACCAGGGGGGAUUACAAGGAGAGUGUUUGCGUUGAGAUCACUGUACCCCAAUGGAACUUCAAUUCAUGUUAAUUUGAAUUUCGGAUUUUCGGAAUUUAAUUUUUGUCCCACUAAUAGAAUCAGUAUAUUCACGUUACCUGAUAAUUUGUUGUUGAUAAGGUAUUUGAAAUUAUUAGAUGAACCUCCAAAUCGUGUAAAAUUCAUGGGUUUGAUCACGACGCUUGAUGGACAUAUAAUCGAUCCCGAAGUGGAAUUGAGUGAUCAAGUGAACCUAGAGAUGAUUGCAUCAUUCCCGUCAGAUAUAGCAACGAUUGUAACAACCCAUGAUAUUAAUAGUGGAGGAUUAUUAUUUGUGAUAUCGUAUGAUAACCGUAGUAUAGUUUGGAGAAGAUUUGGUUGGGAUCGUAUUGGGAAAAGGUUGCAUAAUAUGUCGGAGGGGGUGAUCACACUGCCGAUGCUAUCAUCAGUAUCAUAUAGAAUAGAUGCAUUUCAUACAUUCAAAACAUUAGAUGGAGGAUACGGCCUAGUAUACUCCAUUUCGUCAAUAAACCCCACAUCAACAUCUCCAUCGUUCUCCUCGUCAUCCACACAUUCUCUAGUCUACAUAACCCUUCUCCAUGAAUCGGCACUCACUUGGUCAUCACCCGCAAUAAUCUAUGCAUCAUCAUUGGCAAAUGUACGAAUCUCUAUAAGGUCAUGUACACAAUCAAUUGACAAAUCAUUAGGAUAUACAUGUUUUAUUCGUGAACAAAAUGACAUUACAUUACGAUAUUUUAUCAAAAUAAUUGAUUUUUUAAGCAUAGGAUCCAUACAAUCCUUUCAAGAUUUACCCGGUUUUGAAAUAAGAUCGGAGAGAAGUGGGAAUGUUGUUAUUAUAUACAAUGACGUGUUACCACUAAGUCAUGGUGGAUUUGUGAUGAUUGGUACUAGGCAAGAUGGUUUUCUUCAAGGAAGUAUAUAUAAUUUGGUUGAAGGGGAAGGGGGGAAUGUGAAGAAAUAUGAUCGAGGAAAAGAUUGGGGGAUUCCAUUAAUGAGGGGGAUAUUGUAUGAUGUAUUAAAUAAUAAUACAUUAUGGACCGCAAUACCUGGCGAAGAUGAUUCCGGUAGAUACUGGUAUAUUAUUAGCAAUGAUAUAGAGAUUGACAUUAAAGGGGAUGUAGGAUACAAUAACAAACUAAUAAUUAAUACAACACCACCAAUUAAUGCAACCAUACCGAUAAAUUUGUCAACGAUAAGGAUAAAUUAUAAAGAUCCCAUAGUAUUAUCAACGGGAAACAUAUCAAUCUACCAAAGAAUGUACGACACUAGUAACAUAACUGAAUUAAAUGCUACCACGCCAUAUACAGAUCUGUUGAGACAAUCGUUUUCAGCAUCAUUAACAGAUUUUGUUAGUACAAGGAUUUCCGAAGUAGAAGUAAAAAUAUUGACUUCGACAUUUAACCAAUUCAAUUCGAACUAUUAUAUUGAAAUUGAUGACAAUUUUGUUAGAAAUAAAGAAUUUAAUGAACCUUUAAUCGGUAUUAAAGGCGGUACUUGGAACGUUAAAACUAAUAACCCGGAUAAUCAACAAUUUACCGAUAAUAAGAAUGUAUUAUUACGGUUGGAUGAGAUUGGAACACAAUAUUUUAAUAACUUUUCAUCCCCAGAAAGAAAUCAAUUCUUCGAUGACUUAUUAAUCGCAUUUUCACAAUUGAUACCGGUACCUCUAGAAAGAUUACAUACAUCGAAACGGUUCCAAUAUGAUAGUUCAAGAGAUGAUUUACCAAUUUUACCAGUAUUAAUUCAGAUGCGAUUAAUAGCCACGAGGAAUAAAGAAGAAAUGAACACGGAAAUGAUUCUUAUGUUCCUUGCUCAUAAUUCAUACCCUGAGGGCAACAGCAUGUCGUUGUUCAAAUUCAUCGUGAUAUUAAUAGACUUUAUCAUGGACAUCUUGUUCUUAUUUUAUAAUGUUCAAGAUGUGCCAUAUUUGUAUAUACCAAGUCUUGUUAUAUUGUUGGCACCAUUAUCAGUAAAUUUUUUUACAGCAAUGUUUGUAUUUCUCGUAGAAUUUCUUGGGAAUAAUACUUUAUUUCAAAUGUUUGCUCGCAACAAUGCAUUAACGACAACGAUACUUCUUGUAAUGGGUUAUAUUGAUUUAGUAUCGUUAGAAUUAUUAAGUUCACGAGUAGCAAAUAUUCAUUCAUUAGAUGCUCCUUUUAGCAAUUCUUCUGCUAAAUGGAUUUAUUUUGGUAGUUUAAUUGUUGUAAUAUUAGAAGAUAUACCUCAAUUGGUGAUCCAAGUAAUAUGUAAUCUUUAUUACGAUUCUUCAACAGAUUCAGAAGAUAAUCCUAAUGAAGGUGGUGGAAAUCUCGGCGGUGGCAAUAACAGUGGGAAUAAUAGUGGGAAUAACAGUGGGAACACUAGUACCCUUUCAGGUAGGGAUUAUUUAAUUGGCGGUCAACAGGCACUACAAAACUUUAAUAGAUGGUGGGAGGUUGGCAGUGAAGGAAGUGUUGUUGGAGGAAGUGGUGUGGGAGGAAGUGGUGUGGGAGGAAGUGGUACGGGAUGA